AUGGAGAUAGAAGUCGGAAAAAGUGGUGGUGGUGGUAGCACGGCGGAACAUGGCGAUCGUGAUGACGAUGGUGGUGGUGGAAUAAGUAUGGGCCCGAGUAUGAGUAUGAGGGAACGAGCGACUUAUUUGGUGUGGCAAGAUCUACGGGUGAUGCUUCCAAGCACGGGUGAUGGACCAACCAAGAAGUUGCUCCAUGGUCUCAAUGGAUUUGCUGAACCAGGUCGACUCAUGGCUAUCAUGGGUCCUUCUGGUUCCGGCAAAUCUACACUUCUCGAUGCAUUAGCAGGUAGACUGUCGAAGAAUGUUGUGAUGACCGGAAAUAUUCUACUUAACGGGGAGAAGAAGAAACUAACCUAUGGCGCAGUCGCUUAUGUGACACAGGAAGAUGUUCUAAUGGGAACCCUGUCGGUGAGGGAAACAAUCACGUAUUCGGCCCAUCUGAGGCUUCCAACCACAAUGACAAAUGAAGAGAUUCAAGAUACGAUCGAGGGAACGAUAAUGGAGAUGGGGCUUGAGGAUUGUGCGGAUAGGUUGGUCGGAAAUUGGCAUUUGAGGGGUAUAAGUGGCGGGGAGAAGAAAAGACUCAGUAUUGCACUUGAAAUUCUAGUAAGACCACGUUUGUUGUUUCUGGACGAACCAACGAGUGGUCUUGACAGUGCAUCAGCGUUUUUCGUGGCUCAUGCUCUUAGAAGCGUGGCUCGUGAUGGAAGAACCGUCGUUUCUUCCAUUCACCAGCCGAGCAGUGAAGUUUUCGCGUUGUUUGACGACUUGUUUCUUUUAUCGGGAGGCGAAACUGUCUACUUUGGAGAAGCAAAAGAUGCUAUAGAGUUUUUUGCGGAAUCGGGGUUCCCAUGUCCAAUCAAGAGAAAUCCAUCCGAUCAUUUUCUACGUUGUAUCAACUCGGAUUUCGACGUCGUAACGGCCACGCUCAAAGGAUCAUCCAGAAUUUACGAAGGACGAGAAGAAGCAGACCCUUUAAAAAAUUUGGCAACAGCUGAGAUCAAAACGACCCUAGUAGAGAAAUACAAAUGGUCUAAACAAGCUGCGAAAUCCCGGUCGAAAGUGAAACACAUGUCGACAUUCCGUGGACCCGAGACCAGAAUGAGCACGGCGAGCCAAGUAGGAUGGUGGAAGCAACUUACGACACUCACUCGACGAUCUUUUGUAAACAUGUCGAGAGAUAUGGGAUAUUAUUGGUUACGAAUCAUUAUUUAUUUGGUCGUAUCGAUAUGCGUUGGGACGAUCUUCUUUGAUGUCGGAUUGAGUUAUACGGCCAUGAUCGCGAGGGGAGCGUGUGGCGGUUUCAUAACGGGGUUUAUGACUUUCAUGUCCAUCGGGAGCUUCCCUUCGUUUAUCGAAGAUAUGAAGAUUUUUACUCGGGAACGACUCAACGGCUACUACGGGUGUGCGGUGUUUAUAUUGUCGAACUUCCUAUCUUCGUUCCCGUUCUUGGUUGCGGUUUCCCUUCUCACUGGAACGAUCACUUGGAACAUGGUCAAGUUCAAUCACGGAUUCUCUCGAUACGCUUUCUAUUGUCUCAACCUCUUCGGCUCGAUUGCAGUGAUCGAGAGCUGUAUGAUGAUUGUUGCAUCUCUCGUUCCCAAUUUCUUGAUGGGGCUCGUAACCGGGGCUGGCGUUCUAGGAAUCAUGAUGAUGACCUCCGGUUUCUUUCGCCAACUUCCCGAUCUUCCGAAACCGUUUUGGCGAUACCCCGUAUCGUAUAUAAACUACGGAUCGUGGGCGAUACAGGGAGGAUACAAGAAUGAUUUGAUCGGUUUGGUAUUCGACGGAUUAGCACCAGGAGACCCGAAAAUCACGGGAGCGGAUGUAAUAACAAAGUUGUUCCGAUUGCCGUUGAGUCACUCUAAGUGGUGGGAUUUGUUCGCGAUAUACGCCCUUCUUGUGAGUUACCGAACGUUGUUCUUUUUAGUUCUGAAGCUGAAGGAGAAAGCGUUACCGAUUUUCCAGUCGAUGUAUGCAAAGAGAACGAUUCAUCGACUAAAAAGACGAGCUUCAUUCACGAAGUUCCCGUCGUCAAGACGAUAUCAAAGCCUUCGGGCUUUGGCGACACAAGAGGGUCUUAACUCCCCGAUCCCAUAGCUUAAAAACAUCACAUUGAAAACAUACCGAUAACAAUAAUAUGUACUAAAAAUAAAUUCUCGUACACAAAACAUUUAUACAACGAUUAUUGCUUCCAUCGGUAUUACCCGAUGUUGAUAAAUAAAUUAAUUGUGUUUUAGUA